UGUGGUGUAUAGGAUAAUAGGAGCCAGCCAGCAAUACAGGUUACUGGUGAAGGCGAGCGAGGCAAAGCAAAAAUGUUGCCUCUGAGCCAAGCUCCGGCCGGAGUUCUACCGGCGAGAAGAUUCUCCCUCUCCACUCCUCCCGCUCUCAAAUUCUCUAACCCUAAUCCUUUCCGCCGCUCUAAAUUUAUUCCCAGAAGAAAUCCUGCGAAACCCCUAAACAUCAGUCUCUCCAAAGCCGAAGGAAGCGUCGAUUCGACCAAACAGGCUCUCUCCACAUCCCCAACCCCGCCUCCUUUUCCCACUGACCAAACUGUUUUCGUCGGCGAUGAGAAUGUUCCGUUGGAAGGUGUAAUUCAAUUUGACAAACCCGAUACGUCUUCUCGUUUGAGCAAAUGGGGCCGUGUGGCUCUGCUCGCUGGUGGAGAUGUAUUGGCCUUGCUUUUGUUCUCCUCCAUAGGAAGAUUCAGUCAUGGUUUCCCUGUUUUCGAUUUCGAGACGUUGCGCACUGCUGACCCUUUUAUUGCUGGUUGGUUUCUGAGUGCUUACUUUCUCGGAGGUUAUGGAGAGGAUGGACGGGGUAUAAAUGGUUAUUCCAAAGCUGUUAUUGCAACUUCUAAAUCAUGGGCUUUGGGGAUUCCACUAGGUCUAAUAAUACGUGCAGCAACAUCUGGUCAUCUUCCGCCGUAUAACUUCAUAGGAGUAACAAUGGGAAGCACGGCUGUCUUGCUCAUCGGAUGGAGAGCAAUACUGUAUAAAGUUUUCCCAGCCAAUGCCAGCAAGAAGAACGAUGUAUAUCAGCGUGGCAACCCAUUUGAAUUAUUUGAGCUGUUGACAUCAUUGGUAAGAAGGUGGUGAUGAUGGAUAAACAUCCUCCAUUUGCCUUGUAUCAUUUGCUUCUUUAAAGGGACCUUAUAAACUAACUGGUAAGAGUCCUAAAUUAGAUACUUAUAAACUAAAUGUGUAUUUCUCUGAUCCAAGUUUUGUUGAUUUAUGUAAUCCUGUGAAUUAAUUGGUUCCUGCAAGGCAAGUUCAAUAAUCAAUAGUGACUUCUCUUGGUCUUGGUUGUCUAGCAGUGUUUAGAUUUCUCGAUUUUAUCGACGUGGAAGAAGUCAGCAGACAAGGUAGAUUCUCAAUAGGUCUGUCUUGUUAUAAAAUUUAAGAUGAAUGGUCAACUCUUUCAGUGUAUUGUGAAUACUGAGAUGGAUUCAGAUAUUAAUACUUCUCCAUUUGACCAUGCAAAA